CUUCAUAAAUUGUGACGCUUAAUAUAGUUUCAGACUUUUAUUUUAAAAUGCCGUACCGGAAGUCUCGCGUCUAUCUGCACGUGCGCUGACGCUGAGAGAGCUCGAGCCUCCAGCAGCAGCAGGAACGCCCUGCAUCCUCUCUCCUCUUCUCCAACAUCCAUCCGCCGUCCGUGUGUCCCGGCUCUCCUCUGCUCCUCCAGCCGCGGAGGAGCUACUCUGAACGGGAAGGAAGACGAAGCAAAUCUCGCUGGAAGAAAAUGGCCUUUUAACACCUGAGAGAAUAAACCCAGGAGAAGAGACAUGGUUCCUUUGGCUUUUUCCUUCCUCCACCGCCGCCUCCUCCUCCUCUUCCUCGCUUCCCUGAGCUGCUUCCCCGCUUCUGCUGACAGGAGAUUCGGUUGCCUGUUUGAGAACGAGCUGUGUUCACCAUAUGAGAUCUGUGUAAACGAUGGUAUGUUUGGGAGGUGUCACCCUGUUCCAGUAAAGGAGGUCUACACCUACGAUGUUUCCCCGUCUGUAGUGCAACACUUCAGGAUGCUGCUGGAGAAGCUCUCUAACAGAGAUCUGACAGUUUCUGGAUGGAUGUAACCAACAUUGUAAUAUAUGCUGAUGAUCCUCAUUCAGAGCACAUCAAGUGAGAGUUGAGGAAAAGAGCUGAGUGUUGCUUGAAUCCGAACACAGACCUGUUUUGAGGAAGUGAAACUUUCAGGCGUUUGCUGUCAGGUGAAAUGGCGCAGAAAGGAGUUCAAGUGGACCAUGAAAAAUUCUGCUGUUCAAUCUGUCUGGAUCUACUGAAUGAUCCGUUGACUAUUCCCUGUGGACACAGCUACUGCAUGAACUGUAUUAAAACCCACUGGGAUGGAGAGGAUAAGAAGAGAAUCUACAGCUGCCCUCAGUGCAGGCAGACCUUCACACCGAGGCCUGUCCUGCUGAAAAACACCAUGUUAGCAGAUUUAGUGGAGGAACUGAAGAAGACUGGACUCCAAGCUGCUCCUGCUGAUCACUGCUAUGCUGGACCUGAAGAUGUGGCCUGUGAUGUCUGCACUGGGAGAAAACUGAAAGCUCUCAAGUCCUGUCUGGUGUGUGUCGUCUCUUACUGUGAGCAGCACCUUCAGCCUCAUUAUGAUGUAGCUCAGUUAAAGAAACACAAGCUGGUGGACCCCUCCAACAAGCUCCAGGAGAAGAUCUGCUCUCGUCAUGAUGAGGUGAUGAAGAUGUUCUGCCGUACUGAUCAGCAGUGUAUCUGUUAUCUCUGCUCUGUGGAUGAACAUAAAGGCCACGACACAGUUGCAGCUGCAGCAGAGAGGACUGAGAGGCAGAGAGAGCUUGGAGUGAGUCGACAAAAAAUCCAGCUAAGGAUUCAUGACAGUAAGAAAGUUAUGAAGCUGCUUCAACCGGAGGUGGAGGCUAUCAAUCGUUUCACUAAUAAAGCAGUGGAGGACAGUGAGAAGAUCUUCACUGAGCUGAUCCAUUUCAUCCAGAAAAAAAGCGCUGAUGUGAAGCAGCAGGUCAGAUCCCAGCAGAAAACUGAAGUGAGUCGAGUCAAUGAAUUUAAGAAGAAGCUGGAGCAGGAGAUCACUGAGCUGAAGAGGAAAGACGCUGAGCUGAUGAAGCUCUCACACACAGAGGAUCACAACGAGUUUCUACAAAAUUACUCCUCACUGUCACCACUCAGUGAAUCUACAGAGUUGCCCAGCGGCAAAAGCCGUCCUCUGCAGUACUUUGAGGAUGUGACAGCGGCUGUGUCAGAGGUCAGAGAUAAUCUACAGGACGUUCUGAAUAAGAGGUGGCCAAAGCUUUUACGGACAGUGACUGAGGUGGAUGCCUUACUGUCGCAACAACUGAGAACCAGAGAGGAAUUCUUACAGUAUGCAUGUCACCUCACACUGGAUCCAAAUUCAAAGAGCUACUUGAUGCUGUUAUCUAAGAGGAACCGUAAAGUAACAACUUUUCCAGGGAACAUAUUCUUAUCACAUUCUGACCCCUCAGCUGGAUUCACUGAUCUUUGGCAGGUCCUGAGUAGAGAGAGUCUGACUGGACGUUGUUACUGGGAGGUGGAGUGGGAUGCACUAGUCACAAUAGCUGUUGCAUACAAGGAUAUGAGCAGAUCAGGGGCCUAUAAUGAAUGUACAUUUGGAGAAAAUGACAAGUCUUGGGCAUUAUGUUGUUUUGCUGAAUAUGAAUUCAAACAUAACGCGAUUAGUACUCCAGUAUCGGGUACAUGUCAAUGGGGCAACAAAGUGAUAGGAGUGUUCCUGGAUCAUAAGGCAGGUAUUCUGUCCUUUUACAAAGUGGAUGAAACCAUGACUCUCCUCCACAGAGUCCAGACCACAUUCACUCAGCCUCUCUAUGCUGGACUUGCUCUUCAUUAUUCUAGAGGAGACAAUGCUGAGCUGCGUGAGCUAAAGUAGACAGGAAUUUUUCAAGUGGCAAUGGGAUAGAUUUUUUUUUUUCUGUAUUUUAUUCUGCUGUGUUGCUAAGCACUUAUUAAUUUGGUGUUCAUGCAUAGUGUGUCCCAAAUAUCAACUGUCACUCAAACCCAGUGUAGUCAUUGUAUUUUCUGUUCGUGUUUCUGUAGGUGGCAGUCACAGCUGUGGUGGCAAUUACUGCUUAUGUUAACAGUGCAGCACUGUGGCUCACUAAAGAGACGUCUAUAUUGGUGUAAUCACUACUGCAGCCAAUCUGCAACACAGACAAGUUGAACAUGCUUAGACAUAUACUGUGGUGUCAUUUCAUAACUAUUGUAUUUUUAUGCAUAUCCUAAUGCCUUGAAAUUACUGCUCAUUUGAUUGCUGUAAAAUUAGCUGUGUUGUCCUCCUGUAACAUUAUCCCUACAUUAUCUUUUCAAUAAGGAAUUGCAGUGUAAAUAUAAUUAAUGCUAUCUUAAUCAAUGAGGAAGAGGUGAGAUGUUUAGUUGAUUUAUUGUGUGGGUGAAGUGAACAUGUAGUGAACAAAUGUCUAUUACAAGGAUUUAGCAAUUGGAUGUCUGAAAAAGCUUCACAAAUAUAAAUAAAAUGAUUGCUAAGAAUGAA